GUAUCCGAAUCUAGUACUACUCGCCCACUAAUAUCCGCAUCAUGUGGAACAUUGUUUCUCAGUUACGCGUGUCAAUCGUGUCCUGCAUCUGCUCGUGCCACCAUCUGUACGGAAAAGGGUAGGAAAAACAGAGCGAUGGGAAAGAAUAAAUAAAAGGCAGUAGCUGUACUUAAAGCAACUAUUACACUUGCCUGGCUACUGGGUUCGGUUUUUCCACUUUCUCACCCAAUUUAUCUGCAGAUUCAGCCUUAGGGAACCCAAAAACAGAGUGAAUCCUAGAUGGAUUUUUUCAAGUUUUUGAAGAUUUCUUUUGAUGCUCUUGCAUGGCCUAUCUUUGCUUUGGGAUAUCCUCUAGUUGCAUCUAUUCGGGCGAUUGAGACUAAUUCCGACUCCGACUGCCGGAAAUUGGUUACGUACUGGGUCCUCUUUUCGUUGAUUUCCCUCUUUGAACAUGCCUUCAUGGGUCUACUUAAGUGGGUACUAGGUUGGGAUUAUGUUAAGCUAAUGAUAGUCUGCUGGUUGAUGAUACCGCGCUUCGAUGGUGCUUUUCAUGUCUAUAACAACUUUGUUCAUCCCUGUCUUUCGAUUGACCUGCAAACUAUCAUUAACUGCUUCAUUAAGCUGAAGGACUUGUUUGCCAAGAAGGAAAACUUCCUAACCGAGGCAGAUAAAUAUGUAAAAGAAAAUGGAUCCGAGGCUUUGGAGAAACUCAUCUCUGCUAAGGUAUUACUUGUUUAGAAUUUAGGCUUCCUUGCAAUACCCAUUCCCUUCCUACUGACGUGAUAACUUUGCUUUGAUUCCAGUCAAGUAGUAUAACUCCUCUUCAGAAAGAGAUGGAAGUUCCUGCAAAGCAAGUUGGAAUGGUGAGGAUAUUGACUUUGAUAACCAAAGAUUGAUUACUAAUGAACUGUGAUUUUUUCUUAUGCUACCAGAUUUUGAGAAUUGAUGAGCAGUUGUCAUUUUGUCACUUACUUGCAAUAUCCAUUCCUUUCCAAUUGACCUGGUAACUUUGCUUUGAUUCCAGUCAAGUAGUAUAACUCCUCCUGUUCAGAAAGAGUUGGAAGCUCCUGCAAAGCAAGAUGGAAUGGUGAGGAUAUUGACUUUGAUAACCAAAGAUUGAUAAUUGAUUACUAGUGAACCCUGAUUUUUUCUUAUGCUCAUAGAUUUUGAGGAUUGAUGAGCAGUUGUCGUUUAAUCGUAUCUGCUUUUGAGAAACAGCAUCAUUUGCAAAGUUUCUAUGAUAUAAUUCUCUCAUUCUACAAUGCAGUCAGAGGGUAUUGAGCCCUGCAUCAUGCAGAAAGGUAGUGAAAAAGCAUACACUAGUCAGGAUGCAAUGAGCUCAACAUCACAGGUCUUAGAGAAAAAGGUAGUGACCGCGGUCAAGCAGGUUAGGUU